AUGGCGUCCGACCCAGAGGUUUCUGCAGCGCCUACAGGCGACACCAAGAAGUCAGCCCUGCCCAUGGAUGACCAGCGGCCCCCUUCAAUUGAAUAUGUCGAAAACCCCGACCUCGAGCCGACCCCCAAGGUCGCCAUAUCCACAAUUUUAGCUGUUUUCUUCAUGGGCUUGACCUACGUCCCCGCCAUCGCGACCGGAUUCAUCAUGCCUACCCAGAUCCUUCAGCAGAUUGGUAUGGCCUUGGGAGACACUGAGAAUAUCGCUUGGAUUCCUGGUAGUUGGUCCAUCGGUUCUGCCGUCGCCUUCUCUAUUGCUGGUGGUUUGAGUGACGUGUUUGGUCGCCGAUACGUAUUAUUGUGCGGCCAGACUAUCGUCCUGGUUGGUGGUACCACGUUACACAUCGUCGCUGGAACUACUUUGGUCGGCUUUGGUGCUGGCACCAUCAUGGUCGCGUAUCCUGGAAUCGCCGAGCUUCUGCCAAACAAGUAUAGAGGUAUUGGCUUGGCGUGGACUGAGUUCUGCAUCACUAUCCCUUGGGGUUCGUUGGCCGGUCUCAUCGCUACCCAUCUAUAUCUCAAGGCGAGCUGGAGAUGGUGUUAUUAUAUCACCAUAAUCUACGCUGCUAUCUGCCUGAUCGGAACCUUCAUCUGCUACUUCCCCCCAUCUCGACCCCAACAUGACUUUGAGAGGACCCGCUGGCAGCAAGUCAAGGAGCUUGACUAUAUCGGACUUGUCCUCUUUGCUACCGGUAUUACCGUAUUCCUGAUCGGCGUCACCUUCCUCGGCGCUACCCAUAGGUCCAUGACACUCGUUGCGACAACUAUCUCAAUCGGUGCCUGUAUCUUCAUCGCAGCCUUCGUCUACGACUUCACGAUUCCCAAGAAGCCACUUUUCCCCAUCAAGAUCUUUCGCAUGUACCGAGAAUUCACUGUGUAUCUCGUGGUUCUCUUCGUGUCUGGCAUGAUCUGGCAGGGAAUCAUCACGCUCGGCAACCAGGGCACUCUGUUCAUGUUCACCAAUGACAUUAUCGAAAUCGGUAUCAUCUCAGUUCCCGCAAGUAUGUCUGGCAUUAUUGGAGGUUGGAUCAUGCCUAGUCUGGUUCACAAGCUCAAGCACAUCCGAUAUCAGUUUGUUUUUGCGCUCGUCCUGCAAACUGUCUUUACCGCAUCAUACGCCGCCGUGGUCCCCAACAAUAAGACUGGUUGGACUAUCCUCCCCAUGUUCGGCCAGUCCUGCUUCACCUGGGUCACAGUCUUGUCCUAUGUCUCGUCCGGUCUCUUGGUUCCCCAAGAGGAUCUUGGAGUCUCGGCCGGUCUCAUGGGAACAUUCCGUAGCGCUGGUGGAUCGCUUGGUAACGCCAUGUUCAGCACGAUUUUGACCUCUAUUGUCAAUCGCGACCUCGGCAACAACAUUGCUGGGGCUGCUAUCGGUGCGGGAUACUCCCCCAAAGACUUGCCUACUUUGAUUCCGGCUGUCAUCCAGAAUGCAGUCGGCGUUCCUAUGGCCAUGGCCAAGGUCCCCAAUGUAACAGAGCCAGUUCUCCAAGCCACAGCCGCCGCGUUCAAGAACACAUACGCUAAGGCGUUCAGAACUGUGUUUUACUCGACAAUUCCAUUGGGUGUAUUCGCCAUCAUUGCGGCCUGCUUCAUCCGUGAUCCAAGCCACUUGCUUAACAACCACGUGGCUGUCCAUCAAGAGAAGGAAGUCCUAGGAAAGAAGAAGGAUAUCGAAAUGGAGCCCAAGAUCAUUGAUUAA